AUGGCUUCAAGAGUGGCACAAUUAGAUGCUGUAGCAUUAGACCAGGAACUAUACACGCUACUUGGUUCCAGUAUUCUUCAAAGUAACCUUUUAAAUUGGAACUCAAUAAGGAAUAAAAAUACCGAGGAAAUCAAAUUGAUAAUCAAAUCACUAAUAUUUAUAUGUUCCACUAAAUAUUCUGUAUUAGAAGGAGUGACUAGAACUUAUGGGUCCCAGUUAAAUGGUGUUUCUUUUAAGUGCCGUAAGAGCUCCCUAUAUUUAUUGACAAUUCUAUCGGAUUAUUUCAAUAAAAAAUUAUCUCAUUAUUUCUUCUCAUCCAAUCCUGCAUCAACAACCUUACACAACCAGGACAUUUUAAGAAAGUUAUAUUCACGAUUAUCAAAAAUAUAUGAUAUAGCAUAUUUGCUUAAUCUAUGUGUUUUUAUUUCAUCAUCAGGCCGUACUAAUAAGAACCUAUACUUAACACCAAUUUUCAGGUUAUUUAAAAUCGGUUCCAUUACGGAUCCUAUUCACCUAUCAUCUUCAUCAUUUUAUCAAGAUUCCAUUUAUGGUGGCUUAGAAUAUCAAAACAGGCAAUUAUUAUGGAACGCAAUACUAGAAGUAUUCAAUAAUACAUUAUUGUUGAGUCAUAAAUUUUAUUACUCGCGAUCAUACAUAAUGAACAAUAAAAGGAAGAAAAAAGUUCAAGCCAAGAAGCAACAACAGACAGGUGAUAGUGGCUUGCAGUGUCCCAAGUGUGAGAAUUUCCCAGUGAAUCCAUAUCGAAUGACGUGUUGCCAGGGAAUUUAUUGUUACGUUUGUGUGUCAUAUGUUUUGAAAAGAGGUUAUUGUUUGAAUUGUGACGAGACUAACGAUCUAAGUGCCCAGUAUAUCUAUCAUUCGUCUUCAACACAACCAGACAAUGUAAGAGAGAACUAG